CCUCCUCCUCCUCCCCCCAUCCCUCGGCUGCAGGCGAGGAGACCUCGGGUUCUGGUAGGAGGAGGACAUCAGUCUUGGGGACCCUCCCAGAAGAGCAGUGGAGUGGAACCUCAAGACCCCUGGAGUGGGAGAAGGAUUUGUCAUUCCCAAGCUGUGGACAGAUGGAGAAGGAAAAGCCCCAGAGAUCCCACAUGAGGAGGGGCUGCAAACCCAGCCCAGGGAGCUCUGAGGAGGAAAGAGCCCCCCUGAGCCAGGAAGGCGGCCGGAGAUCCAGCCAGAGCUCAGAGCUGGUGGAGAAGCCUCAGGCUGGAGAGAGGCCACACAAGUGCUUGGAAUGUGGGAAGGGUUUCAAGUACAGCUCCCAUCUGAGGCAGCACCAGGUGAUCCACACAGGGGAAAGGCCCUACAAGUGUGGGGAAUGUGGGAAGGGCUUCAGCAAGAGCUGCAACCUCAUCAGCCACAGCAAGAUCCACACUGGGGAACGGCCCCACACCUGCCAGGAAUGUGGGAAGAGCUUCGUGCGGAGCUCCAGCCUGAAGGAACACCAGAUGCUGCACGCUGGGGAGAGGCCCUUCGAGUGUCCUCAGUGUGGGAAGAGGUUUCUGAGGCCAUCCCGUCUCCUCCUGCAUCAGCGCAUUCACAGGGAGGAGAAGCCCUUCUGCUGCCCCGACUGUGGGAAGGGCUUCAAGCGCAGCUGCAUCCUCCUGAACGGGCGCCUCCGCACUGGGGAGAAGCCCUGGGAGUGCCCCAAGUGUGGGAAGAGCUUUGUGCGCUGCUCCAGCUCCACUCCCCAUGGAGCAUCCACGUUGGAUGAUCCCCAGUGACCCCAUUUGGGCAGAGCCCUAGUGAUCCAUGAUCCUGAUGAUCCCUGUUGGGUGGAGGGAAGGUGUUGGAGA